AUGGGUGAGCGAGCCCACCACGGAGCCCAAGUGUGCUCUGGCACCAACCCCAGGAAGUGCCAGGACCUAGGAGACUCAAUUCUUCUGAUUCUGGGCAGCUUCAUCUUGCUCAACGUGGGGAUCAAUGUGGUGACUCUGCUCUGGAGGCACCUGAAGAGCUCCUUGCGGAUUCUUUUCCAUCAUUUCUUCCCCAAAGACAAGCAACCCAGCUGCGUAGGCAGCCAUCCCAUGUGUGUGCGCUGCUCCAUGGAUACCAAGAACAUGUGCUCGGGGGUCUCCUCUCGCUUCCACCGCCGCCCGGGCUUCCUGCAUGGGCACCCUAACCACCUUGACUCCUGGGUACCAGACAUGAAUGAAGAGAAGGCUUCUGGGUGCUGCUGGAUGCCGCCUCAGUGUGGACAUGCUGGGGCUCCCCUGGGCCCUCCCUGGGGACUGUGGAAGGAGGGGGCGAUGGCAGCAGGGGAGGCCCCUCAGGUCCCAGUUUUAAAGGCCCGGACCCCCUUUAUUUCCAGGCACGAGGCACCUUCCCAUUUACCCAAGAUGAGCAAGCUGGAUAUGGCCCCUCUCCUUUUGCCCCACAAGAGCAAGACCAAGACCCCAGACCACGCCCCAGAGCAUGUCCUGGCCCAGACCCAGAACAGCUCCCCGGUCCACACCCCUGAGCACACCACCACCCACACCCAGACCUGCUCCCUGGCCCAAACGCCUGAGCACACCACCCUCAAGACUCAGACCUGCUCCCUGGCCCACACCCCUGAGCACACCACCACCCACACCCAGACCUGCUCCCCACCCCACACUCCCCAGCACACUAAGCCCCAGGCCCAGAUCCGCUCCUCAGCCCAUCGCCAUGAGCACACCACCCCCCAGGCCCAGGCCCAGGCCCAGGCCCAGGCCCAGACCUCCUCCCUAGCCCAUGUCCCUGAGCACACCACCCUUCAGGCCCAGACCUGCUCCCCAGCUCACGCCCCUGAGCACAAGCUCCCUCAGGCACAGAUGCACUCCCCAGCCCAAGCCCCCAAGUACAACCCUCUCCAGGCCCAGACCUGUUCCCCAGAGCACACCACCCCCCAAGCCCAGACCCACUCCCCAGCCCAUGCCACUGAGCACAUCCCCGCCAAGGUCCACGUCCCUGAUCUUACCUCAGUCCAGGCACAUACCCACUCCCCAAGCUUCACCCCUGAGCACACUCAGCAGCACACUCCUGCCCAGACCCACAGCCCUGAGCACACAUCAGCCCAUCCCCUGGGUCACAGCCCUGAGCAUGUAAUAGCCCAUGCCCCAGCCUGCACUCUGUCCCAUGCUCAUCUAACCUAUAUCCAUGCCCCUCACACUCUGGCCCCUGCUCCCACAUCUGCCCCAGCCCUUCCUUCAAUGUCUACCCCUGCCAGGAUUCCUGCCCCAGCUCCUGCCCCAGCCCCUGCCCCACCUCCUGCCCCAGCUUCGGUCAUGACCCUGACUACCACUCAUGUCCCAGUUCCCAUCUCUGCCACCACCCAUACCCCCAUCAUAACUCCUAUUCCCUCUACCCUGACUGCCUUCAGCCAAGGCCUCUCCACUGGCCAUGUGGUCUACAAUGCCCGUAGGGGCAAGCGGAACUUGUGCCAUGUGUGCCCUCCCCAAAACUCUGGGUAUUCCAGAAAGGACGGAGGCACCCUCCCCAGGCCCCAAGAGGGGCAGGGUCUGUGUGGCUCUGAUACAGUUGAGCCAAUGUCAAAACAUCAUAGUGGGGACAGUGCCAAGCCCUCCACAGGCUCCGUACUGGGUUACCUAGAGUUGGGGAAUGUGGAAUGGAAGAUCUCAAAUGAUGCCAAAGACAAGUUCUUACAGCCCAAGACCUUCCCUUAUUUCAGCUUCCAUCCUUGCAGUUCUGAGAGGAGAAACACAGACUCUGAGACCCCAGUCUACCCCAAAUUCCUGGUCUCCUCCAAGGAUGCCACACCUUCUCAACCUUGCUUUCAUUCUCCAACCAAUACCCAGAGCUCACUGAGCGCCAUUCCUCCACCUUGCACUUUGUCUCUGCCUCUCUUGUCUCCCAGGUCCUUUGUCUUUCAUCAACCCUCCGGCCACCAGAAGCCCUCCACCUCAGUGCAGACCCCUGCCUUUCCCCCGACCUCCACAUCUUCUCAAACUGUCCCCUCUUCCCAGUUCCCCAUCCCUCCUCAGUUCUCCAAGACUUUCCAACCCCCGAUCCAACCCCAAACCCCUGAACAUCAGGAGAGUCUAGGCCUCAACCAAGAUUCUGGCCUCCAAAGGACUUCAUGCCCUUCAAAGGACUUGAGAGUUGCCAGAAACCCAGGCCUUACCCCAAGUCCAGGCUUCUGUAAGAACCCAGGCCUUGUUCAAGAUCCAGGUCUAAACAAGCCCCCAGGCCUUACUCAAGACCCUUCCCAAGACUCUGGACUUCAUAAGAAUCUGGUCAUUACCCAAGAUUCUGGCCCCCAAAAGAGCCUAGGUCCUACACAAGAUUCAGCUAUCUUUAGGAGCCCGUGUCCUACCCAACCUUCUGGCCUCCACAGGAACAUACCAUUUCCCCAAACUUCUGACAUUCAGAGGAGCUCAGGCAUUAUGCAAAACUCUGGAGUCUAUAGGAAUCUACAACAAAACCAAGAGGCUAUACUCUAUAAAAGUCAAGAUCUCUCCCAAACAAGUGGCCUCCAUAAUAGCCCAGGCCAUUCUCAAGAUUCUGGAGGUUAUAAGAGUACAGGUAAUGUCCAUGAGCCGGGAGUCUCUAGGAGUCUAGGCCUUUCCCAAAAUUCUUGCCCACAGAAGAGCCCAAACCUUGCCCAAGACUGUGGAGUCAACAGGAGCCCAGGUUUGAUUCAAACCUCUGGUCUCCAUAAGGGCUCAGGCCUUACCCAAGACUCAGGAGACUAUAAGAAUUCAGGCCUCCUCCAAGAAUCUGGAGUCCACAGGGGCCUAGGCCUUAUUCAAGAGUCUGAUCUCCAUAAGAAUCCAAACUUUGCAUCAGCCACUCAAGUCGAAAGGAGAUGUGGCCAUACACAAGACGUUGGAAUUUACAGGAGCCCAGAAUAUACCCAAGACCCAAACUUCCAUAACUACCCAGGAAUGAAUCAAGAUCCUGGCCCUCAGAAGGGCUCAGCCCUUACCCAAGACCAUCGCCUCCCCGAGACUCAAGGCCCUAUUGGGGAAUCAGGCCACCACAAGGAUUCAUGCCUCAUCCCGAAUCCCAGCCACCACAGGAACCCAGGCCUUGUUCUAGGUACUGACUCAGUCCAAGUCUUGGGUCAACCUCAGAACCCAAAGUCAACAUUGAGCCUGAUGAAGUCAUUUGUACCUGAGGAGCCCCCUCGGAAGGAGGAUGUGGAACAGCACCUCCCCUGGACUUCUGUCCCCAGUAGUCAGAACUCCAGCUCUACUAAGCCUCAGGUGAUGAUCUACAAUGACCUGCAAACCUUCUCCGAGGUACCUGUGCUGAUAGAGCUACAGCCGUCCUCCCCGCGAGCAGGUAGCCAAGACUGGGUAUACCGUCCUGUGGAUAUAGUUUCCUCAGCCUGCCAGAACUAUCGCCAGAUGUCAGUGCCUCCGAAAAUCAGCUGGAAGCCCUACUGCCCUGGGUCAGGCACCCGGGUAGGGCAUGUGGUCUUUGAUGCCCGCCAGAGACAGUUCAGGGUGGGCAGGGACAAGUGUGAAGCUCUGUCUCCCAGGCACAUGCGCCAAGAGGCAUCCAGCAACUACCGGAGACCAUCAAGGAGUGGGGGUAUCAGUGUGUGA